GCCCUCUGAUUGGCUGGUCAUUGCACUGGGCAGACUGUACCCCCAAGAUGUGGCACACUGUAUCUUAGACACGGAAAGCCAUCACCAUCAUCGACAUCACCAACAUCAUGUGUCGCUGUUGUUUAUGGAAGGGACAACAUCGCUGAAAGCCAGAGGGCUUCAGUCUUCGGCAGUGAGACCAGAAGAGUUCCCAGGGUGCACUGUGAAGGAGAACAACAUGAAACUCACUAAACGCUGGACACCACACAGGUGUAGGUGUGUGUUGUCACUGUUUGUGGUUUUAGGUUUGCUGUCUUUGGUGAUGGUCUCUCUGCCACUGAUGGAGACACAAACACCAAAACCUGUCGAGUGGCACGUCAGCCCUGCACAUAGAAAGCGAGUGCAUGAACACGUGCACAGAGUUCUGGAGAGUCAGUGUCGUCCCAGCAGCAGCAGGCAAAGAUUGACAGCUCAUCUCCCUGCUUCCAGUUACGUUAAACAGCCCUUCCUGUGGAAGGAUGAGCCCCUUCCUGAUGACCUUUUCCUGUACCCACCCCCAUUUGGGUUCAGGGGUCUUGAAGGCAAAGUAAUGGAGCUACUUAAACUGCUGCCAGCCUCAGACUCAGCCCCCCAGACUGAAAAGACAUCAGGUAAAUGUCACCGCUGUGUGGUCAUAGGAAAUGGAGGCAUUCUCAAAGGCCUGGAGCUGGGCCCACUGAUUGACCGCUUUGACACCAUAAUCAGGUUAAACAGAGGUCCUGUGGGAGAGUUUCAUGUUGACGUUGGAACUCGAACCAGCAUCAGGAUGAGUUACCCAGAGGGUACACCUCUCCACUGGGCCGACACUGACCCACAAUCCCUCUUUGUAGCUGUGGUGUAUAAAGGUGUAGACAUCAGCUGGAUCUCUGCUAUGAUCAACAAGCUCAGUGUGCCUCUAUGGGACUGGCUGUUCUUCUGGCAGAAGGUUCCAGAUCAAAUCCCUCUUGAGUCGCCCAGGUUCAGACUUCUAAACCCACAUGUCAUCAGAGAAACUGCAUUGGACCUCCUGAAAUACACUCCACCCAGACCACGUCUGUGGGGCUGGGACCAGAAUGUGCCGACCCUGGGCAUUACUGCACUGAAUGUAGCCAGUCUGCUGUGUGAUGAGGUCAGCCUGGCAGGCUUUGGCUACAACCUGUCCCAGAGGGGGGCGCCACUGCACUACUACGACAACCUGCCUAUGAGCGCCAUGCUGAAGGAAAAGAUGCACAAUGUGGACAGAGAGACUCAACUCCUGCAAAGCCUCGUCAGAGAGGGAACCAUCACUGACCUGACGGGGGGGAUCCACUGCUCCUUCUGCCCCAGCUGACCCCUGAGCCAUUUCACUGCAGAGCACAUCCUGUUGUUGUUGUUGUGAAGUCCUUUUUUAGAAGAACAUGAUAUACACUGAAGUACAGAAAGCGAUAGCACAAAGGACUCGCAGACACAUAAGAACAAGUGAGAAAAAAACUGAGCUGACCUCAUAAUGUAUGUUGCUUCUUACAAAGUGCUUCCUUAAGACAUUUGCUCUUUGUAUUUUAAAGUUACAGUUCUUCCUUUUGAAAACAUGGCUUCCGAGCAGCAGUUUCAUUCUUCUGACGUACACACCCAGUGAAAUACAUUUCAAAUGUCUUUGAUGAGAUGAGAAAAUUUCAUAUUGAAACUAUUUAAUUAUUUCAAUCCUUUCAUUUAUUUAUUUUGUUUGUCUUGGUGAUAAUCAUGAAUAACAAACUCAAAAUGUCCAUAGGAAACAGAAGGAACUGAGUCAAACUGCUGGUUCUGAUCAGUGUGUCCAUCAAAUACGUGACUGCACGUUUUGAAGAAGCAUAAUAUUAUUAUUUUUAACAAUGGAACAAAGCAGCUGCAGUAUCUGAAUGUGCAUUUAUUUAUUUAAUGUUUUUAAUUCUAAAUAUUACUGCUAUUGUUUGUAAUGUAGUUUCAUUUGCACACACACACACACAAUCAUCAAACUGUCUUAAUGCUUCAUACCUUUAGUUGUGAAGGUUUUUAUCUGUCAAGGUCCUUUUUCCAUUCAUUUCAGCCUAUAAAUGUGUUGGUCUGUUUACUCAUUCAGAUGUUUCCAAAUGACAUGAAGAUAAGUUCACUGAAAAAUAAAGAAGAUGCCAAGAUGUAAAAUUUAUAAACUAAAAUGUGCAUUUGA